AUAGAUGCAUGGGAAGUCAAACCUCAGCAUCUUAUACUACAUAAAUACAGGGCCCGGAGCCCAGAUCGUCAGUCUAUCCGGAUCUCUCAACAGUGCAACAACUAACCAGUGAAAGGACUAAGUGCUCGAACAAGGACUAAGUGAGCAAACAAGGAUUCAGUGUUCGCAAACGGAUUAAGUUAGUUCUACGAAAGUUCUCAAAAUCAGUGUUCAUACGUAAGCUUUUAUACUUAUUUAUAUUUAUUUUAUUAAACACUUAUAUAUUUGAAUCCUGUGUAUUUUCCUACCCUAGUCUACUUGGAAUCUCCUUUGUUAUAUUUAUUUUCCGAUCGUCGUCAUACUCGGGAUUGAAUCGCGAAACGUUACUACUUAGUAUUUAUUUAUUUCCAUUCAUUCGCGAUCAUUAUUUCUUGCUACUUUCCAUCGUCUACGGAAACCUACGACAAGACCCAACGUCAUACAAUUGCUAACAUAGUAACAUUGCCAACUUGAUUCACAUUUCCAAUCUAUAUUCUUACUCUGUUCUUUCUUCUAGUCUGAGUGCUCUCAAAGGAGUUGCACCAGCCCCUUGCUAUAUUCUAAGAGUGCGCUCAAGAAAGCCGCACCUGUCAGCUUUAUUCUACUCUUCCUGGUCGCGCUCAAGAAAGUCGCGCCGGAUUUCCUUUCUAGCUGAGUGCGCUCAAGAAAGUCGCACCAGUUACUACCUGUCGCGUCGUUUCUUCCCUUCGCUUGGAGUGCGCUCGAGAAAGUCGCACCGGCAGCUCAAGUCUACCUGCGAUGAAGGUAAAUCAAGGUAAACGCAGUCGCAGACCCACUCGUCGAGGUGGUGUUAAGCAACGAGCUAGGGCACUAAUCAAACGCCAGAUCCAAUUGGUCCAAAAGGAGCUAGAGACGCGAUUUCCACCAUCCGGUCCGUCAAGUCAUCCGGGCGAACCGUGUUAUUCACCCGUGUCAGAAGCUUCGACCAUUUGCCUGGGUCCUCGCUCACCGCAGCUCAUCGAUUUAACCAAAGAACCAGAACUAGAAUCAGUUAACGUAGCAGAAACCAACGAGAUUCCAGCCGAAAUCCUAGCUAUUAUAUUCAAUCCACAAGAAUAAAACAUUUAUACCCUCCUAUCCUGGAGCCUUUUCAUUUCAUUCAAUCGCCCUUACCGAAUCGGGAACCCUGUAGGGACGUGUAUUCGUCCGCCAGGCUACUUCGACGAUUCGGCGGACCCACCUUAAACAAAUAUCCCUCCUAUUAAUUCACGAAAAUUUAACACGAGUAUAUUACCUACUCUCUUCCCACGGCGCGUGCGUCCGAACCGCUCCGGAUCCGCGUUC